GUUAAUUGAUUUGAUUGACACUCUAAUACGAUUUGCUCGAGAUCAUCAUAUUACCGCGCACACCGUUACGAUAAUAACUUACGAUCUUGUGGUCAUUUAGUAUUCGUUUUAUCCGUUCUAUUGUUUAAUAAACAUGACUUUCGUUCAAUCUAACGUGGACUGGCAGUCGUCAAAAAAUACUAUCUUGGAAAGAAACCGUCAUAUGUUCAACAAUCCAGACAUGAGCGACAUCAGCUUUACUUGCGAAGGUUCAGACACGAUAUUCUACGCUCAUCGUUAUGUCUUGUGCACAAGUAGUGCUGUAUUCGAUGCAAUGUUUAAUGGUGGCUUGGCUGUGAAAGAUUCUACUGUCCAUUUACCUGAUACAGACCAGGAUUGUUUUGAACAGCUUUUAAGAUUUCUAUACACAGAAGAGUGCACAUUAACGAUGGAAAAUAUUGCUGGGACCUUUGAUCUAGCGAACAAAUACAUUCUUCCCUCGCUCAGCAAGGUAUGUGUUGAUUUCCAGGUGACAAACUUCACCCCUGAGAAUGUGCUGACGUCUUUGGACCUGGCCACUCUUUAUGCUAAUACCGAAUUGGAAGAACGUUGUUGGCUAUUUAUACAAUUCAAUGCAACCGAAGUGGUAGCUUCUCACGGUUUCAAUAACAUCAGUCGAACGACCAUGUACAAAUUGCUUAAGCGAGACUAUCUGCAUAUAAAAGAGGUAGAACUCUUUCAAGCUGCCCUGCAUUGGAUCGAUUUCCAAUGUUCGCUCAAGAACUUAGAGACAACAAGUGUGAACCGAAGGUCUAUUAUUGGAAGGUUGGUCCACGAGUUUCGAUUUUUUACCAUGACCAACGCAGAGUUUGUUGAGCACGUUUCGAAGUCUGGCUUGUUAACUGCCGAAGAAAUGAUACCUAUUUUCGAGAAAUUUAGUGGUUUCAACUCCUCCGAGUUGAAAUGGAAUCGACCGAAUAGAUUCACAGGUAAUAUGGUCAGGUUUUCCAGAUUUGAUCGCCCUAAUGAAAGCCAACCGCAUGUUGGCCGUUGGUGGAAAGCUGAUGGCACGCCAAAUCGUCUCCGUCUGUCCGUCGACAAAAACGUUAUGCUACUUGGCGUGGUAUUAUAUGGAGACGAAAAUGAUAGCGAUUACGCGGUGAAUUUUAGAGUUAAGGACGCCAGUGUAACUGGAACUUACACUUCUGAAGUCGACGAAGACGGGAUGCCUUGUUUUGCUGUAAUGCUACCAAACCCGGUGAUGCUGAAUCAAAAUGAAAUUGUGACGCUAUCUGCAACAAUAACCGGGCCUGAUUCAUAUUGUGGUGACCGGACAGAAGCUUUGCGUAUAGUAACUUAUAAUGGCGUCUCAGUGACAUUUAGUGACGCACCCAUGCCUAACAAUAAAACGAGCAUCAGUUAUGGCCAAUUCCGUGAAGUACUAGUUGCGAUUUCGUGAAGUAAUACAUGUGAUUUGCGAAUUAACAAUGUUGUGCUGCAAACUUUGGACAGUUUUGAACAAAGAGUGUUUAAUUUCACCUUAAUGAAAACAUUGUUUCUAGUUCUAGUUCCUUGCAUAUGUUUUGCUUUUGUAUUUUCUCUUUUUCACAAAGCCUGACCUCAUAUGUGUCCUGGUUCCACUUUUAUUUAUCAUUGAUAUUUAAGAUGGUUAAGUUUGGUUGAAGACAAAGUCAAAGGAUGUUGAUUCUUAGAAGAAGUUCAAAUCAGGCAUUAAGUAAUAGGAUUAAUGAUGAGAUUAAUGAUGUAAAUGCUGCUAUUUGUUUGCUUUACACACAACUUAAGCAACUCUUCAGAAAAUUUGCAGGAUGUUGUGAUCUAUUUAUAAUAGGCUUAUUUAUAAUUGCCAUUUAUUAACUUUCAGUUUGUAUGUCAACCUGUAUUUUGUCAUUAUAUAUAGUGAUGUGGUAAGAGAGUGGUCAAAUGUGCUCUCUGGGGUUGUAGAAUUUACUAAUGGGGUAUGAAAAUUCAUUCUGAUGCUGAUCAGGAUUGGGUAUAAAAUAAAUUAUAUUCUUCU